AUGGUUUGCCACUGCCACUUUACAGAGACACUGAUCAGAGCUCCUGAGAAGCCAGAAAUCCGCCCUCCCUCACCACCUUCACUGAACUUCAGCGAGGCUCACAGGAGAGCCCAGAGACACCGCUGUGUGCACACCGUGUCCCAGCGCCUGUCCCCAGCGGUGGGUGGUGCCAGCUAUUUCAGACAGUGUUUACCGGCAAGGCAGCUGAGGGGGGCGGAGGCAGCGCCCGCUCUGUUCCGGGCGGGCAGGAACGCGCCAGGAAGCGGCGGAGGGGCCCGGCCCUCAGGAAAUGGCGGCGGCGGCGCCGGCCGCGGGGCGAGGCCGGGCGGGCCCCGGACCCCUCGCGGCGGCGGCGGCGGCGGGGACCGGGCGGCACCGGGCGGCGGCGGGCAGAGCCCAGACCUCCCCUCACUCGGCUCCCGGCCUCCGAGGGGGCUGCGACGGGCCCCGGCACCCGGCCGCCAUUUCCGUGCCGCCCCCGACCGCGUGCCGGGGCCGGUGAGGAGCCCGGGCGCUGAGGCAGCCCCUGGGUUCCUUUGUCCGUGGCUCCAGGACUGGGUGAUGAAGGACACGACUCGCCGAGGAUUACGGUAUUUCUGUUGCUGCCUUACCAGUCCUGUACCAUCCCUGGUGAUGCCCACUGAGUCACACUCUGCUAAGCAGGCUGCUCCUGCGAUCUCCGGCAGAUUCAUCGAGCUGGCAACAUGAUGACAGAGCUGUUUGGUACCUGUAGAGUCCCACUUGCGCGGUGUCCAAGUACUUCAUGUUUGACUCAUCGAAUCUGGCCUUGCAGCACGCCUGUGAGGUGGUUGUGAAGCCCCUAGGACCCAAGUUACGGGGCUCUUUUACCACCUGAGGUGGACAGCUAAUCCUGGUGCCAGAACACGGAGUGGUUUGAGCAGCUGGGACAGAAGCUGUUGGUGAGGAGUGGUGUGGUGGGGCUGAUCACACCACGACUUAGUGCUUCCAGCAGAACCCUUUGGUUCACCGGGCAGUCUGUCUGCAGGAAAGGUGUUCUUGGUGGGUGGGGGGGGUCGGACAUCCUAAUACCCCUGCUCUGAUACUUGUGUGUUUUACUUCCAGAUCUCUCUGUAAUUGUAAAGAAGAUGGUGGCGCUCGAUUUUGGCAGGUAAAAGUAAAACAUGCUCCAGCGGGGGGAAGUUGGACCCAGAAUCAAGGUAUAUGUUUUUAUCCAAAGGGAAAAAAAUAGUGUUAAAACAACUUAGGGUGUGGUGCUAUCUCAGCACUGUCAGAUGUACACUGUAGCUGCUGUUCUGUGGUACAGCCUUACAACAUCAGCAGGCUCACCUGGCCACCUUCUGCCCUGGGCCUUGGUGGUGGUUGCUGGCUGAGUCUCCUGUCUCUAGCAGACACGCGUUGUGCUCACUGCAAGAAACAGCAACUGAAAUUUCUCUGGACUGCCUCACAGGAGGUGUGACAAGGUAAUCAUAACGACCCUUUCUGCCUUGGAAAUCUGUGACUUCCUGGUAGGCUAUGAAGCUAUACUUGCAUAGUUCAGUGUUGCUAAACCCACCUUCUUUUGUGGCUUGCAAAACAAAUCGAUACUCAAGAGACUAAUCCUGCCGUAGCAGCGUAUUCAGCUCCUGUUCACAUGUUUUUCUGCAAAGCCUGUUUUGGAGAGACACAUUUCUUCUUUCUCUCAGCCAAAUAGGAAAGAACAGACAAGCAUUUGGCACACAGUUUACACCAAGUCUCUUAAGUUUUGCCAGGCUCUGUUUAUUCAUGUGGACCCUGUGUGUUGUAGGGACUACCUGUUCCUGACUAACCCCUAGAAUGGAAAUUUCGAACCAAUGGUUUUUGUAAUGAACGUACAAUAAAUUUAUGGAAAAGCUUC